CUCAAAACCGCCGCGCCGCCUUGCUUCCAUCCCUGCUGGCCUUGUCGGACAUGAAGGAAUACUUGGUUUUCUUUGUCCAUCGUCACUUGGACUUCCGGUUUCCCGAGCUCGAUGCGCUGCUCACGAUGCAAGGCCUCAAGCCCGAGGACUGCUACACUCGCGAGCUGAACCCUCUGAGUUCGCCGCUUGUGCAUGUGAAGCUUCCUUCAGAGACCCAUGCCAAGUUUCUCUCUCAACGUGGCAUCCUUGUGAAAGGUGUGUACGAAGUGUGGGGCCAUGGCCACACAUACGCCGCGUUGGUCGAGUCUGUGGACGCGUUCGCCGAGAAGGACGCGGUCGUGUCGGACGCGUCGCUGAGCUGGAAGAUCCAGGUCGACGCAUUCGGUCUCAAGUUGAGCAUGGAGGAGCAAACGGCCCGCCGCGAAAACUUCCGCCACGUGCUGCCGUUCGCAGGUCCCGUGGAAAUGAAGAACCCAGCGUUGACGUUCCUCAUCUUGGAAGACAUUGGCGUGGACCAGCAGAAAACGACUCCGGAUCGCAUCUUCUUUCUUCGAGCGUUGGCCGGCGGAGAAAAGAACCGCGGCCGCGGCGGCGCGCGGGACCUUGUCGACGCGCAGACCCUCAAGCGUCGCGAGUACAUUGGCCCGACAUCCAUGGACGCGGAAAUGGCGCUGAUCAUGUGCAACAUGGCGCUGGUGCAGCCAGGCAGUCUUGUGAUCGAUCCAUUUGUCGGCACGGGCAGCGUGUUGGUGCCGUGCACAACGUUUGGCGGGAUUUGCUUUGGCACGGACAUCGACUCGCGUGUCUUGCAUGGCAAAGCCGGCAAAACGAUCAAGUCCAACUUUGACCAGUACAAGCUGCGGGUGCCAGAUCUCAUCCGCGCCGACAACUCGCGGUCGCCGCUGCGGUGUCCGCACUACUUUGACGCGGUCGUAUGCGACCCUCCCUAUGGCAUCCGUGCCGGCGCCCGCAAGAGUGGCCGACGAGACUGUGCGCCGGCCAACUCGACCGCGCCGCCACCGCCGCCGGCGUCUGUUUCCUCCGACCAGAAACCAAUUAAACCCAAGUAUGGACCGCGCCCCAUCCCCGACGAAUGGCUCGAGAACCACAUCCCAGCCACGCAACCGUAUGCGGCCGAAGACGUGAUGCGCGACCUGCUCGUGUUUGCCGCCAAGAACUUGCGCGUGGGCGGCCGCGUCGUGUACUUGCUGCCCACAACGUACGACUACACGGACGCUGACCUGCCGACCCAUCCGCAGCUGCGCGUGGUCGGGAACUCGGAGGAGCGCCUCACGAGCAAGUACGCGCGGCGCCUCAUCACGAUGGUCAAGACAGUUGAGGCCAGUGACAUUCCCAGCAACCUCGACGACGGGUUCAAGUCGGACUUUAGUUUUGCCAAGUUGCGGGAGAAAAUCGUCGCGUCGAAUAAAAAACCGAAAACGGCGUCCAAUUAAUAUCAUACGUUGAUGUUUAAGACGAGGUUUGUCAUAACG